AUGCCGGGUCUUCGCGCUACAGUGAAUUGCGACAUGGGAGAGGGAUAUGCCCUAUACAAAAUAGGCGACGAUGAAGGAUUGAUGAGGACAAUCCAUUUGGCAAACGUUGCGUGUGGAUUCCAUGCCUCGGAUUUCUCAAUCAUGAACGAGACGGUGCUCCUGGCGAAGGCUAACACCGUCCUCGUUGGCGCGCAUCCCUCCUUGCCCGACAGACAAGGCUGGGGUCGACGCGAGAUGGCUAUGGAGCCUGACGAACUCGCGUCUUGUUUCGUCUAUCAGGUCGGCGCACUGACCGGCUUUCUCAAGCUUCAUGGCAUGAAGCUCAAUCAUAUCAAGCCGCAUGGCGCCGUGUAUGGGAUGAGUGCUCGAGACCUCGCUCUGGCCCGCGCUGUCGUCGGAGUCGCGAAGCUGUACGACGUGCCGUUCAUGGGUCUCGCGGGAACGUGCCACCAAACCGCCGCGCGGGAGUUGAGCGUGCCGUUCAUCGCAGAAUGGUUCGCGGACUUGAGCUACAGUCCCGAGGGCAAGUUGAUGAUCACAAAGAAGCACGACCCUGUGCCUCUGAGUGUUGUCAAAGAUAGGGUAAACACAUUACUCGGAGAGAACAGGAUCACGACCAUCGGCGGAUUUGUGCCGCUUCCCGAGGACGUCAAAGAGAUAUCGAUCUGUUGUCACUCUGAUACUCCUGGUGCUGUAGAGAUUGCCCAGGCGGUGAAGGCAUUGGUAGACCAGAAUAACGCCCAGUGGGGGGUCUAACCUCGAUGUUUAGUUGAUUAUGCAUGUCAACCACCACUGAGACACUAUGCUGAAACAACGACGGCAAGGGCUCGAGCAACAGCGUAUAAGAC